AUGGAUAUCUGGAAGUCCAAGGUGCUGCCCAAGAUCAAGCUCGUCUUCGUCAAGAGCGCCGGCAAGAAGGCCGCCGCCGCCGCCGAGCUCGUCAAGUCCUUCGACGAGUCCAAGGAGGGGAUCAAUGGCGAGUUCCAGGAGAAGAAGGCGGAUCUACAGCCCAAGGUCGUCGAGAUCUAUGAGUCUGCCCCUGCACCACUCAAGGUCCUGAUCAAGCAGAGGAGCAAGGUGUCCGGGAUCAAGAAGAACUCCGCCGCAAUCACCAAGUUCUUCGAGGAGCUGGCCAAGAUCGAAUUCCCUGGAGCCAAGCAAGUGAGCGACGGCAUCUCCAAGGUCGCCCCGGCCCUGCUGUCCGGCCCCAUCUUUGCCACGUUCGAGAAGGUCUCCACGCUGCUCCCUGUCGCCGCCGAGGAGGCGCCGACCAAGGAGGCACCGGCCGCCACUGAGGAGGAGGCAGCCACGAAGGAAGCCGCCGUUGAGGAGAAGAAAGAGGAAGCCGCCGUCGAGAAGAAGGAAGAGGCGGAGAAGAAAGAAGAGACCUCUGCACCGGCCGACGAGACCGCCGCCGCCGAGACUGCUCCUCCUGCUGAUGCAGCUGCCGCAGAGCCCACUGCGGAGGCGGCGGAGCCGGAAGCCGAGGCAGCGCCGGAGGCCGAGGCGGAGCCGGCGAAGUCCGAGGAGGAGACACCCAAGGCCUAG